AGACGGAGCCUAAUCGCAGCGCACCAUCUCAAGCGUGAGGAUACUUGUUUAGACUUUUUUAUUUUUCUUCGUUCAGAUUGGUUAGAAAAUAUAUUUGUAAUUACUUCCAUUGCAUUCAAAAUAACCGCGCAUCACUUGCUAUCUACACUUUUCCCCCAGACAGUGACUUACAGUUUAGCAGUAAAGGAUUUAUGCGUUCGUGAACCUAAAUGUGAGGCUCCUCUCAUCUCCCAGACACAGACCGUGAUUGUAGUCAGACAAUAAAUACUUUGAGGUAGUUACUAUGAGGCGUGAAGUCUGACUAUGGAAAACAGUUUAACCGGAAGAGAGCCUCAGGGGGACAGCAGCUCAACCCAGGCUGACUUUCACUGGAAGCGCAGCGAUAACUCCUUUGCCUUCAACUUCCUUCCACCAGCCUCGUCCUACCUGACCCACACCAUGGCAGCUGCUGCGGAAGCCCAGACUCAACCCAGGCAGGGUGAGGGGUCAGACACGGGCUCCAGUUUCGCUUUCAACUUCCAGAUUCCGACAGGAACGGUACCAAGUUCUGGGUUGGAAAACGGGGCCACGCAGGCAGGAAAAACAGAGAUGGAAGUAACAACCAUUGAGCCAAGUGCAGACUCUUCAAAAAGUAAAGCCAAGAAGAAGAAGAAAAAGAAAGGAGGAGGAGGAGGAGGAGGAGGGGAAGAGGAGGAUGGGCUGCAGAAAAAAGUGAAUAAAAUGAUUGAAGAGGCUCCCAAACAGGAGAACACAGAACUGUCUCCAGAGCAGCAGCUGAACAGAGAACUGGACUGGUGUAUUGAGCAGCUGGAGUUGGGUUUGAGAACUCAAAAAUCAUCCACCAAACAAAGAGAGGAAGCCAGUCGAGCUCUGAAGACCCUGCAAAGCUCCAAAGCUCAAAUGGUGAAAAAGAGGCAGCUGAUGAGAGCUAUGUGCGGAGAUUACAGGAGAAAGAUGGAAGAGGAGAAGAACAGACAGUUCAAGCUCAUACAGUCAGCAAUGACCUCUGCAAAGGUCACCGUUGUGUCAGAACCUUCCCGCAAACCAGUGUUUCACCGCCGUGCUGAGACAAAGACACACGCAACAUCCAGUACGGACAAACCCCAGGACACACAUGGACUUUCACAUGCUGCUGAGCAGACUGAUGCAGACAUGGGCCAGUUUGUUUUCAGGCCAUCCCAUGAGGAGUUCCACUUCAACUUUGACCUGUGAUUGGUUGCAAGUGGGCAAAGAGUCUUUACCCAGAACCGCUGCACCUUAGUUUUUCUCAUGAGGCAAAACUGUACACCGCAGUGCUGGAGUAAAUCACUUUAUACCUGACUGUUUUUAUAAACUGACCCAAAUGCAGUCAAUCACGGAUAAGACUUUGACUUUGGUGAAUAAAGAUUUAAAAAAGCUUUA